AUGGUGGGCUGGGGGGUCCCAGCCUUGAGCCUCUUCCUGGCGAUGCAGGGCUCAGUAGAUGGGAACGGGAUCCAGGGAUUCUUCUAUCCGUGGAGCUGUGAGGGAGAUGUGUGGAACCGGGAGAGCUGUGGGGGGCAGGCGGCCAUCGAGAACCCCAAUCUGUGUCUGCGCCUGCGAUGCUGCUACCGGGACGGCAUCUGCUACCACCAGCGGCCGGACGAGAAUAUGCGGCUGAAGCACCUGUGGGCGCUGAGCUGGACCUGCGCGGCGCUGCUGUUCGUGAUCUUCAGCGUCCUGCUGUACUGGCGACACCCCCCCCCCCACAACAACCUGACCUCUCAGAGUCCCGGGGUCCAGCAGACGCUUUCUGGGACCCGGGAUACAGUUCCAUCAGCCACCGAACCCUGA